CGAUAUUCCACGAGGGAUGCCUCGCGUCCUAUACCAACAUGAGAACAUGGAAUUCGCGACGUUCAGACACCACCACAACCUCCAAAGGUUCGCCUUGCAACCGCAGUUGUUCCACUUGCACCAGCAGCUGUUCAAGUACUCCGAACCAUUGGAACUUACCACCGCCAUCCCUUUGGAUUUGAGCGUCAAAAGCCACAACAACCAGGCGCCGAUAACGCCGCCGUGCACGCCGAGUCCCGGCGCCAAGAAGACCGUCAAUCGCUCGCCCACUCCUGAGAUACCUGUUAAAAAACCCAAAGCCGGCACGCCGACUUCGGCCAAGAAAACCAAGGCGACGAGGAAGCUCGUUUUCGAAGAGGACAACACGUCUCCCGUGUCGGGCACCAUAAUAAGGGAACUGCGACCGGACGAGAACCUGGUGGUGAGGAAAGGCGACAUCGAUCCCGCUUUCAACGUGGUGGAAAUCACCGAGGAAGCCAAGGCGGAAUUGGCCAAAAUCGAGAACGUAAUCGGCGAUUACGUGUGUCAGCUUUGCAGGGAAUUGUACGAAGACGCCUUCGGCUUAGCACAGCAUCGGUGCUCUCGCAUCGUCAACAUCGAGUACAGGUGCCCGGAAUGCGAUAAGGUUUUCAACUGCCCGGCGAAUUUGGCGUCGCACCGGAGAUGGCAUAAACCGCGCCAACCUAAGGAAUUCAAAAACAGCGAAAUCAUCGACGCUGAUCAAGAGGCCGAAGAGCAAUUCCAAUGUCCGGAUUGCGAGAAGCGCUUCCGCAGGCUCUCCUAUCUGAAGAAGCACCAAUCCAGCCACCACGCGGACCACCGGAUCGAGCGCUCCCUCCUCCAGAUUGAAUGACGACGGCUGGUCCCGGUCAGACCCAUCCCGAGGAUGCCGCCCCACAUUUGGCGGCCGCCUCCGCUGCCGCCCCCCAGCGCCGUUUGCAACGUCGAGACGACCACGACGACGACGACGCGCUUCGACAGGUACAUAUCGCCCGACGUCACGUGGUUGGACAAUUUCUGACGAACGUGGAUGUAGAAAAUUCGCUUAUAGGUAGAUUUUAUGCAUUUUUUUUUUUCUUAUAACGGAUGUUUGAACGCGCAAUUUAUUUUAUUUCUAAAGGUUUUUAUCUAACACAUAUCGAAUUACGUAUGUUUAAAUAUUCUUUGAGAUCUAUUUGUACCAAUUGUAUCAUUUCUUUACUG